AUGGCCAUUUUUACUGCUCCCACGUCGUUUCAGAAUGCGCAAUCUCUCGUUCCUCGCCAGCUUUUGACCCAACACCAAAUAGGCGUCUCGCCGUCCAUUCUCGGAUAUGUUCCCCAUUCAAGCCAUCCAUCCUUCUCGCACUUGAUUCUUCUGGUCUUUGAAGCAGUCUUGGAAGUUGUUUGCGUCAGCUUGCCCGGUUACAUCGCCGCUAGACAAGGCCUGUUCGAUGCGGACGCCCAGAAGUUGGUCGCCAACCUCAACGUCACCCUAUUUACUCCGUGUCUGAUUUUCACGAAACUGGGUUCCCAACUCACCGCAGAGAAGCUUAUUGAUCUAGCCAUUAUUCCGGCGAUCUUUGUCGUGCAAACCUUGGUGUCUUAUAUCUGCGCACUCACCGUGUCGAAAUGUUGUGGUUUCAAGAAACGGCCGGCCAAUUUUGUCACGGCUAUGGCGGUCUUCGGAAACUCAAACUCGCUUCCGAUUUCCCUUGUCAUGUCGCUGUCACAGACCUUGAAAGGUCUCCAUUGGGAUAGGGUACCCAAUGAUAAUGACGAUGAAGUAGCGGCGCGGGGGAUCCUUUACCUGCUCAUCUUUCAGCAGCUGGGCCAGCUCGUACGCUGGAGCUGGGGUUACCACGUUCUUCUUGCCCCCCGAGAGCGGUAUCUUGAGGAGGGAGAAAGGGAGCAGGGUACAACGAGUGUCGAACAAGGCCAGGAACGAUACAGUGACAACCCAGAACAAGCGGAUCCCGAUGAGCCUUUGAUCAGAACCGCAUCUGCUGAUGGUUCCCCGACUGACUCAAAUGACGAGUCCGAGGUAUUCCGGUCCGGUGAGCAGACACCAGUAUUGGUACGCGCCUAUUCGUACACAAAGCUGUCUCCGCAGGACACCGACAACCCGGCCCUACUUGGACCUCCUCCACGGGGGCCAUUCCUACCCCGGCAAAGCACCGAGGGUGAUAUUUUAUGCUUCCCGAGCGUUGAAGCGUCAGGUGGCGACCCCGGAAAGGCCGGGCUAGGCUUCCGCUUUAGAAACUCCGUAGGUCGCUUUGGUGGUCGCGUAACCAAUACUUGGGAAAGACAGUCAGGAGCCUUGUUCCAACGCCUGCCGAAAUUCCUCCAGAAAGUACUAUCGGGCAUUGUGAACGGGGUCCGGAGAUUCUUCCGCGGCCUCUGGCAAUUCAUGAACCCUCCACUUUGGGCAAUGCUUGUGUCUAUCAUCGUGGCGUCCGUGCCCUCGCUCCAGCGUGUAUUCUUCGACGAGGGCACCUUCGUGCAGAAUUCCGUGACUCGGGCAAUCCAACAAAAUGGUCAGGUUGCUGUGCCAUUGAUUCUUGUGGUCCUUGGCGCCAAUCUAGAGCGCAAUACUCUACCUGAAGACGCGCAGCAGGAUAUGGAACACCCUAAGGAGGAGAAGAAGCUGAUCAUUGCUUCUUUGGUGGCGCGUAUGCUUCUUCCGACCCUGAUCAUGGCUCCAAUGCUAGCCCUUCUGGCAAAAUACGUCCCUGUCAGCAUCCUGGAUGAUCCGAUCUUCGUCAUCGUCUGUUUUCUUCUCACUGGCGCCCCAUCCGCGCUUCAGUUGGCUCAGAUAUGCCAAAUCAAUAACGUAUACGUGGGCGCUAUGUCCAAAUUGUUGUUCCAAAGCUACGUUGUUUGGAUCCUUCCCUCUACUUUAAUUCUUGUUAUGUGUGCCAUGGAAGUGGUGGAAUGGGCUUCCGCCUCGGCCUAA